AUGGCUGGUGAUGAAAACCCGAAGGAACAAAAUUUAGUGUUCGAUACCAAAAACAGCAUAAAUCACCUGACCGGGAAUGAAUUCUAUUUCUACUCUAACGACGAUGCUGGGAUGUAUAAAAAAAGGAUGCCCUGUGCAUUCUCAAUUCGGGAUCCAAGCAUCAGUGAGCGUGAUAAAUUACCUCUCAUAACGACGAAUGAUAGAAAGGUAAAGGAGGAUAAAGUGAAAAACUUAAUGAAAAACGAGAAAGAAGCAGAAAGCAGCAAACCACAGAGAGAUAUCAAAAAAAAAAAAAAAAUGGGCGAGACAAAUGAUUAUUUCUACGCUGACAAUAUAAAAAGGAAACACACAUAUGAGGAAAGAGAAAAAUUUGUUUUUGAACAGGAAGUAGACAAAGUACAUGAUGUGUACAAUGUGGAAGAAAUAAUGAAAAUUAUAAACAAAUUAAAUUCUAUAAGGAAAGAAAUCGAAACGGUCAUAUACACAAAGUUAGAAACAAAAUACGUAGAAUUUCUCACCAUGUCCAACAAGAUUAAAGAAAUUGAAGAGUCCAUAUCAAAUAUUAAAAAUUCAGUGGCAGAAAAUACUAGCGAGUUGAAAUUCCUGCAGGACAAGAAAUAUAAAGAAAGUAUAAACAUAGUUAAUCUUGUGAAGAGAAAGAAAAAAUUACAGAAAAUAAACUUAACAAUUUUAACCAUAUAUAUUAUCCACAUAUAUGAAAAAUUAAUUUUUAAAAAUAUCUUAAGGAAAGAUUAUGUGUAUGCAUCCCUAACGUACUUCGAGCUAGCCAAAUUUUUGAAUACACAUGGAAAAUUUCUCGAUCACCUUAACUGUGUGAACUAUUUGAAGGAGAAAAAUUUGGUAGAUUAUUUCAACAGAUUGAAGCAAAAAAAUCAGACAAAUUUUGUCGAAUUCUUAUUUGCAAAUAAUGCGAAUAAAAAUUUACAAGCACAGUUAGAAAAGUCCUUCAAAAUUUAUUUCUUCCUUUUUAAAAAAAAAACCUCCAAUUUUAUCGAAAAUUUGCUAGCCUAUGUCUAUCAAUGCUUUCGCAAGAUUUCAAAGCAGGUUAUUUUUUCCUUCGUAAUUGUUAGCAAAAAGGGCGGUGGGAGCAGAGGUACCCAAAGGGAAGGAAAACAAAAAGGAAGUCACCGAGAUCCUCCCGAAGAACAAGUACAGAAUAAUAAUAAUAAAUACGUUAAAAGGGAAGAAAUGAAUAACACUACCAUACAGUACCUUGAAGAAGAAAAAAAAUUAUUUUCCUCAGAAGACAAAGAAGAAAUAGCCCAACAUUGUCAAUUAAAAAAGAAUGAUUCGCACAAAGAGGGGAUUAAUAAUACUCCUCCACUCUACCACACAAAUGUACAUCAAAUUUUGAAUGAAAAAAUCCCCGACCACGAAAAAAAUUUCCCACACAGUGGACACCCUAACCAUAACGAAGGAACAACCCAGGAUCUCCCACAUAGUACGGGUAAUGUAAAGGAUGUUAUAAGCCCAGCAUACCAAAAUGCAGAGGAGUUAAAAAUGGGAAGUAAUCAAAACGCACAUAAUAACUCCCCUUCAAAUGAGAAUAGCCCAAUGGACAAACUCCAAAUUGAUAUAAACCAGCUUCAGGAAGAAGAGAAUUUUUUGUUUAUUCCGCUAAAUGAAUUGGUACAAAAAUUAAACGAAAAGAGCUGCCUCCUUUCGCUAGUUAAAAUAUACGAAAUUGUCUUUGAUGUCUUGAAUAGGUAUGACUCCCUCAUCAUUUAUUUAUUAAAUUAUCCAAGAAAUGAACCAUCUAGGGGCGAUGUUAAAGGGACAAGGAUGGGUACCAUCUCAUUUAAUGAUAACAAUAAAAACGAAAUAAUAUGUGCCGCGGGCGAUUUUUCUAGCCAUAACACCGAUGGGGUAGGUGGCACCCCUGGAAGAUAUUACCCUGAUCAAACUAAAAAUCCACAAAACGACCAUUCUGAGGAUAACGAAUUAGUGAAAGGCGACUCCGCUUUAGAGAAUGAACACUCCUUGGACCAUGUCAACUGGGAAGGAAAUUCCCUCCAAGGAGGAAAACACCCUGAUAACUUCAGCUUCUAUGACCUGUUCAACCAAUAUAAGAGCGAAAAACGCUUUCCUUCUUUCUCAAAAUUUUAUCAUAUGAUCAAUGGCAAUAGUUCUUCACCCGAAAUAACUGAUUUUGUAAAAAACGUCGACAUUGAAAAUUGCCCCUUUGUAGAAUAUUCGCAAAAAAUUAAAGAAAAAAUUGAAUCAUAUUUGAAAGAUAGGAGCAUACAUUAUGACCGUUCCCAGGCUUUCCUGUAUUUUGCACUGGACAAUGCGAAUAAACUGAUAAGUGCCAAAAAUAAGUUCCUAAGGAAUAUAGAAAAAGCGCUGAAAACGAUUAUCGAACAUAUGAAAUUUGAGAACUUUGAUUUUCAUUACAUAUUACGGUUUUCAGUAGUCACCAUUAUGUUCUGCCUGAAUUCGUUUCUCUUCGAGAGGAACUCAUCUAACGGUCGCAUCUACCAUUUGGUGGUAAAAAACCAGCGUGUAAUUUUUCCAAAAGAAGUGCACCACGCAAAGGAGGUUCAAGAAGAGGAAGUAACGCAGAGCCAAACGGAAGGACAACAAAAUGGAAAAAAUCCAAUAAUGCGCAACGAAGAGCAAAGCCACGAUAAUCCUCGGAAACGCCACAAUACACACAUCCAAACAGAACAGCGAAAACUUAUUAACAAAAAUGAAGGGGAGCUUAUAACCAAUCUAGAUGCGCAUCAACUGGGAAGUAAAAUGGAAUGCAAAGAAUUUGACAAAAUUGAGAAGGCACAAAAUAGACAAAAUAUCACAGAAGAAGCACACCCAUGCCCAGCUCAUAUUGUCGAUAACGGAACGAGCGAGAAGAGUCAAUCGGAAACGCAGAAUUACCAAACAGAUGUGGAACAAAUAUGCAGGGAAUAUUUUCUGAAUGAAUGUGUACCAUUCCGAUUUGAAGAAGAAGAGAAACGAACCAAAUUCUUCUACGAUUUGCUUAAAAGUAGUCUCAUUUUUCAAGAAAUGGAAAAAAAAAUUAAAAAUAAUUUCCUCCAUUUUUUUUACCUUAAUGGGAAAAAAUUAAAUGAGACCAUAAAUAAAGACAACUGGGUUCGCAUACCUGCAAGGAUAAAUCAAUGCAUCUUUAAGAAGAAAUUCUAUUUUUUUCAUGUUAUAUCGUUAUAUAAGAAAAUGUUUUACGAUUUUCUGAAUGUUCCCUUUUCGGAAAAUCCCUUAAUCAGUUUUAACUUCAAGAAGCUAGAAGAGAAUUUGUCUUCCCAUACGGACUUACCCCCCGAUUAUACGAACACGCACAGACAUGAAAAUUGGGUCUCAUCUAAAUUGAGUAAUCAUGCGAAGAAUGACACCAGUUGGAGUAAAUCCACCACCCUCUAUAAUGAUCCAUUUGAAGUGAAAGAAAAAACGAAUAAUCGUGACUCAGACGAAAUGAGAGAAGAGGCCUACCUGAACAAUGCAAACAAAAUGAUGAACAAGGUGGAAAAUUUCUACAUUAUUAACUUUGACAUGGUUUUAUCAAAAAGUAGCAGCAUGCUCAUCUGCGUUCUGCAGAAUUAUUUAAUGCUGGAAGAACUUCUACCUAAUUUGAAGGAGGAAAUAAAACAGUACAUGUUAAAAGUAAUCGAUUUUUACAUGUACAUAUUAUGCUGCUAUUUUAUGAAAAGGGAUACCUUGGAAGAACUUCUUAUUGACUUAAAAAAGUGCAACGACAGGUUAGGCAUAAACAACUUAUUUUUUAUUAUAAAGAAACAAGAAAAGUACAAACAUUUAUACAACUUUUUAAUUUUUUAUACGGAAGAAAUUAGAAAUAAUUCGCAUAAUUAUCACUUUUUGGAUGACCAUAAAAAUUCCCAUCACCCUAUCCAAAAUAAAUACAACGUAACAAAUUGUACCAAUGUGACGGAUGGCUUCUGUCCACCUUUCAGCUUAAAUAACUUUUGCAAAAUUUACAGUUCCACGUGUCACUACGCCAUUUCGGAAAAAAUAAUUUCCAUCGAGUCUUUGUACUGCUUGCUUAGCAAAUUGAAAGAAGAAACAAUGCAAUCGGGAAAGGUUCUAGCGGAAGAAAAAACGGUACAAGUGGGAGUAUUCAGCGGGUGCAGUCAUCUGCCAAAUGGAAAACCCAAUCAGACAAAGAAUAACCAACGCAGCAAUACUAUGAGUAACCAUGGUAGCGACGCGGAAUGGGCUUCCCUUCGGUCCUUCUUGGAACAGAAAUUGCACAUCGUGGAUGAACUGCGAAUUUUAGCUUAUUGCGAUUCACUGUAUGAUCUUGUAGACAGCAGUAACUACAUCAGUGAAGUUGUGAAGUUAGUUAACGACGCGUGUAGUGAGCUCGGAGGGGGGAGGAAUGCAAAGAACGAUAACAACAUUGGAACAAAGAAAGAUUUACAGACAAAUUUACGAACAAAUUUCCAAAUGCAUAUGAACCAGUUCAUGAAUUUGUAUAUUAACAUACUGAAUGACGCGAAACGAAAAUUAACGUUCUGCUGCGACGGAGUCGUAUCUGUUGUAGUUCACUACUUACUAUGGAAUUUAAUAAACUACAUUUUUAACCUAAAUAACAUAGAAAUUAUCCACCAGAUUAGGAGUGAAGUGCUACCAGUAGUAGCCCCCUGUAAUAGAAAAAACGCAGCAGAAAAUCUAUCUGCCUCAAAAAGUAGCAGCCAAGGGAAGACAAAUCAGCGUGUUCCUAUCCCAGGUGUUAUCCCCAAAGGGAGAGAAGAAUUUAUGGUAAAUAAGAACAAGGAAGCCAAAGUUUUAUCCCGUCGGAAAGAUAUAAAAUUAGCGGGAACCAACCUCAUCAGUAAUAAUAAAUCGGAUAUACGCGGAGAAAAUACACAAAAGAAAAGUGAUUAUUCUACCAACAGCAACAACAGUGGCAACACUCUUGGGGAUACACCUCAGAACGUAAUAAACACCCUAAAAAAUUUCUUUAGCAGAAUUUCAGAGUCUAUAAAUCAUCAUAUAACCACUUUGGAAAGAGAAGUAGAGGAAUACAUAUCUCAAAGCGAGAGUGACAAAAAUCCCAUCUAUGAUAUACGCAAUUCUGUCUACAUGAAUCUAUACAGAGAGCUAAAAAAUGUGCACUCGAAAAGACACAGAUUUUACUAUAUUUUUCUCGCAAAAGGGGUAAAUUAUUAUGAUCAAUAUGUAGAUCUCCAUUUGUGUAAUUUGCCUAAGCUCGACAAAUUGGUUAAAUGUGCAAAUGCAGACUUCUUCCAGUAUAAGCAUGUGCAUUCCGUCAUUUUAAAGUACCACUACUCUAAGCUGGUAUCUGAGAGCUACGUUAAUCAGUACGAAAUGAGCAUCUUGAAAGAAAUACAAACCAAAAUAAAAUCACGCAUUGUGUGA